UCAGGGUUUGCUUUGGACUGCUUUUAUUUUUUGAUUGCUCGUACAUAUUUGUAUUUUGAAAUUGAGUUUUUUAAACCAACUUUUGCUUUAAAAAAACCUGAUUUAAAUUCUUUAAACCAACUUUUAGUUCAGAAUUAG